CCCCUGGGACCCGGAAGUGGCGCGCUGAGGUCCUCGGCCAGCUGCCGCGGAGCCCGAGUCCCGGCUGAGGCGGCGGGAGCAGGAGAGUCCGAGUUCCGGCCGGGCCGCGUCGCGUCCCGCCGCUAUGAGCGCGGCCGGGCUGGUGUCUCCCGCGCCCCCGGCCCCUGUCCCGGCGGGGCUGCCCCCCGCCGCGCUGCCCCCCGGCCCCGAGUACUACGAGGAGGAGGAGCUGGAGAGCGCCGAGGAGGAGGACGGCGAGCGCAGCGGCCGGGCCCGGGACUCCGACGAGGAUACUGAGGAUGCUAGUGAAACUGACUUGGCAAAGCAUGAUGAAGAGGACUAUGUAGAAAUGAAAGAACAGAUGUAUCAGGACAAACUGGCAUCUCUUAAGAGGCAGUUACAGCAAUUGCAGGAAGGUACUUUGCAAGAAUAUCAAAAAAGAAUGAAAAAACUGGAUCAGCAAUACAAGGAACGGAUACGGAAUGCAGAACUUUUCCUCCAGCUAGAAACAGAGCAGGUGGAGAGAAAUUAUAUCAAAGAGAAGAAGGCAGCAGUGAAGGAGUUCGAAGAUAAGAAAAUUGAGUUGAAGGAAAAUCUGAUUGCUGAAUUAGAAGAGAAGAAGAAGAUGAUUGAAAAUGAAAAGCUAACCAUGGAGCUAACAGGAGAUUCCAUGGAAGUGAAACCUAUCAUGACAAGGAAAUUGAGAAGGAGGCCAAAUGACCCUGUUCCGAUCCCGGAUAAGAGACGAAAACCUGCCCCUGCUCAGUUAAAUUAUCUGCUGACAGAUGAACAGAUAAUGGAGGAUUUGAGGACACUGAAUAAGCUUAAAUCACCCAAGAGACCAGCGUCUCCUUCGUCUCCAGAACACCUGCCAGCCGCACCUGCAGAGUCUCCAGCACAGCGGUUUGAAGCUCGGAUUGAAGAUGGCAAACUCUACUAUGAUAAAAGAUGGUACCACAAGAGCCAGGCUAUUUACCUGGAGUCAAAAGAGAACACUAAGAUCAGCUGUGUGAUCAGCUCUGUAGGAGCCAACGAGAUUUGGGUGAGGAAGACCAGUGACAGCACAAAAAUGAGGAUCUAUCUGGGACAGCUACAGCGAGGGGUUUUUGUGAUCCGCCGGCGAUCAGCUGCAUGACUGUCUGACUCUCUUCCUUGAUCUUUUUUAAAAAAGAACCCUCUUACAGGGAAUAGCAGUCUAUCCACCCAGCCAUAGCAACAGAGAUGCUGUUAUGGCCGCCUGAGAGACCGUUUGUGGCUGGCCACAUCAUCCCAAUAGUCCUUAAGUCUCUAGUGACACUCAAGCACUGCCCUGGAGCCCUGGACUUCUUCUGGAGUUUUCCAUAAAGCUUCUCCAAGCUUUUUUCAUAUUUCAGGAGACUAUAUUUAAGAAGACUCUGCAUCAUAUUUUUCUCAUCUUUAUAUCUUUGUACCGUGAAGCGUGUGUGUACAUUGAAAACAACAUAACUUAAGUUUUGAAUCGGGGGGGAAAAACCAGUUAUUUUCCUUGUUGAAAGCUAGUUCUGUUUCUUCUGCAAAGCUUAGGGUGCUGAGCAGGAGGAGACUAAUCCAACUAGCUUUCUCUAUAACAACAUGACAUCGAUUCUUUUGGAUGAGCUGUUGAAAGAUUUGCCCGUGCAAUGAGGAUUUUUUUAGGAAAGUGUGAAAAGUGUUCUGGAAACCUGUAACAUGCUGAUAUUCCGGUUGAUUUUGACCUGGUUAAACACAGUCUAACUUGGUGAAUCCAAAGCUUCCUUUCUUGUCACAUUAAAAACCCUUCAGAUGAACAAA